AAGGGAUACAUGAAAACAAUUGAACCCAAUGAGCAAUGAAUUGGACGUCAUAUGCUUGUAGAAAGUUUAAGUGUUUUGCGCGUAGCAAUAAAGCAAUUAACUAUAGAUCUUGAUUUAUGCCUUUGCUCUCUGUGUAUAUAAGCCAGGUACCAUGCCCUCCUCUCUCUAGUAGAUCUGAUCUUUUAAUCAAGAAUCAAAUCAAAAUUGCAAUCACACAAAAUGUUUAGACUCUUGAGAAGAACUACAAUUACAAGAUCCAUUGCCUACACCGGCAGACCAACCAUGGGUUACCGUCCUUACUCAAUCAUUGACAGUGCAAAAAAAAUAGCCGACGACAUCAACAAGGCAGUUGGUAAGGCCGCAGCCAACACCAUUGAAUCUGCAGAGGACACCGCUGAUGCUGUCAAGGGUAAAGCCGAGGAAGUCACCGAGAACAUUAAGGAUAAAGCUCAAGAAUUGAAGGAUAAUACACAGGAAAAGGCCGAGGAAUUUGCUGAAAGUGCAAAGCAAAAGACUAAUGAAGUGGCUGCAGAUGCUAAGGACAAGGCCCAGGAUCUCAAAUCUGAUUUGAAAGAUGAGGCUAAGGACAAAGAUCUUGACGAAAAGGCUGACCAAGUUAAGGACAGCGUGAAAGAAGGUGUUGAUAAGGCCGCUGAUAAAGUCAAAGAUGCUGUCAAUUAAGCUAUAUUUCCUCCUCAUAUUAAA